AUGCUGGAUUUUGCAGGAAAGCUGCCGGAGGCAGAGACUUUGUGCAGAAGAGCUAUGACUGAACGCGAAAGGGUACUGGGAGAGAUGCAUGCAGAGACCCUGGAAUCCGUGAACAAGCUCGGGUUAGUCUUGAGGCAGCGGGGGAAACUGGAAGAGGCUGAGGUGAAUUGCAGGAAAGCUUUAGAGGGACGGGAGACGCUGCUCGGGCCUAUGCAUCUGGACACGUUGAGGUCUGUCAACAACCUUACGUUGGUGCUGGAGAACCAGGGCAAGCUCGACGAGGCCGAAGGCCUUUACAGAAGAGAUUUGGCAGCCUGUGAAGCUCAACUGGGAGCUAAUCAUCCGGACACAUUGUUGUCCGUUAACAACCUUGCGGUGUUGCUGAAGAAGCAGGGCAAGCUCCAAGAUGCCGAAGGCCUUUACCGAAGGGCUUUAGCAGGCAGUGAAGCUCAGCUUGGAGCCGGUCAUCCGCACACUCUGGACUCCGUCUGCAAUCUCGCGCGCCUUUUGGAGGCGAAGGGCGACCACGCCGAGGUGGAAGAGCUCCUUCUUAGAGCUUUUAACGGUUACGAGGCGCGGAAGUGGGAGACACCAGAGACCUGGGAGACCGACGCUGAGGGCAGCAUAGGUUUGAUGGAUGUGGACCGAUUUGGACCAUAUGGAUUUUACUUUCAGGUGGCAAUGAGGAGCGGAAGCUCUGCGCAGAAGCACCAGCUGACCACCGCCCAGGUGCAAGAGACCGCCGGCUUGGACCAGGCCCCUCGUCAAUUGGUGUCCAACUCUGGCCCGGAGUCCACCACCCUUGGUUGGCGCAUUGCAGCGACCGUUAACGAGAUGGAAUCGGCAGAGUUGGAGGACUUUGUCGUGAAUCUGAGCAAAUCCACAUGUAGAGCACUUCAGAAGGCCAUCGGCGCGCGGCUCGAGGCACCUCCUCAGGAAGAGAAGAGUCGAGCAAGUGCGGAAAGCGAGGCCAUCCGCGUGCAGCUUUGCAAGCAGGCAGCAUCCAUACACCCGUGGAACGACGACGAGCUUGAUGCCCGGCUCGAGGAGGUGAUCGAGAUGUUCCAGGAGCCCCGCACGGCCGUGCUGAACGCCUCUCACUUGGGCGACGCCCUGCACAUCGCCGGGAUGAACCCCAAAGACUCCGAGGUCUCCAAGGUCUUGGAGGACAUCGGGAAUCCGGAGAGCUUGACGCUGCCAGAGUUCAAGCAGGUCAUGAAGGACGAGCUCGCAAAGUGGACGUCAAAAGAUCAGGUGCAGGAACUGCCCAGUUGCUUCCGACUCUUUGACCCACAGGACAACGGCUUCGUGCCGCGGGAGACUGUCGCAGAGAUCAUGCAGCACGGAGGUAAUCACUUCUCGGAGGAGAUGCUGGAGGAUAUGCUGAAAAACGUGCCAUCAACUAGGGAAGGCUACGACGCUCGCCAGCUGGUUGCUUUCCUCCUGGAUCCAGAGGCAAAGAAAGAAGAACGUGCGAGAAGAGACGACAGCGAUGCUGAACCAGCAGAGUUGGACAAUCAGAAGGAGAGAGCGAAGGUGGUUCAAGUGGAAUUCCAGAGCAUGUUGAUGGAAAGGAGCAGCGAGCUGCGAGAGGAAGGACAGAAGGAGAAGAAGCCGAGACCAGUAGUUUGGCUCAGGCACAAGCCAGUGACAGGGGAGAAGAGCAAGUGGCAGGACUUCCACCUCCGGAGGCUGGGACGACAAGCGUUGUCGGUGCUUUCAAGUGAGUUCUAA